AUGGAUCGAUCGAACUACGCUGAGAAUGGUGCCAAUGGUCGUAUCAACAUUGAUCCUGCUAACUUAUCAGCUGAAGAGCUUCUUGAUUUAUGUUUGAUUGGAACGCUGCAAACAAACCAAGUUGUACGGUUUGCUGUGCUGCAAGACAUGCUUGCUCAACUGCGGCAACCGGGGCAAACCAUGGAUAUCAUAAAGCUGGACGAAAACAAAUUUCUCUUCCAAUUCUACCAUGUGUGGGAUAUGGAUAGAGUCAUUCAAGGAGGCCCUUGGCGAUAA